AAUGAAGUCAGAUGAAGUGAAGUUAAAUCCCAAUUGACCAGUUGGUUCUCAUCACGUUUUUAAUUGGUCCCAUUUGUGCUGGAUUCGUCCAGGACCAAGGGCACCGGUAAAAGACGUGUUUAGUUUGUACGAAUGAUACGAGCUUCGCCCGGUACCAGGGGCUCGAUCUUAGGAUGUAUGGAGGUGGUCGCAAACAUAUCACCUCGAGAUGGGGUUGUAUAGUUAUUUUCAUGUUUGAAUUUAGACGAGUUAAAGACGGCCGAGGGACGAAGUCAGAACAAAUAAUGAAAUUAGUGCGCCACACUUAAAUGUUUGGCAGCAUGGAUGUUUUUUCGUCCAGUUUUAACUCCACUCUGCAGCUAGUGGUUGAAUAGAGAACAUGUACAGAAAUUCGACGAAAAAAAUUGCUAGACCUGCUACUAAAAAUUUUGAAAAUUCGCGUGUGUUACUAAACUCCUCAGUCAGUAAACCUUCCAUUUGCGAAUUAGUUCCAUCGCAAGUAAUUCAAACAAAUUUAUUGGACUCCAAACCAUCAAAUAUGAGACGGGCAAGUUUCAGCCGGACAGUUGAAGAUAUAGACGAAAUUUUACCUAAUCCAAGUGUUGACAGUUUUUAUGAAAGUUUAGAUUCCCGUAGUGAGACGAAAGAGAAACUGGCCAAGUGGGUAAUCAAAAACAGAAUUACUAGGAACGCUACUUCGGAACUAUUUAAAAUAUUGAGGCAGCAUAAGUGUUUCGAGUCCGUACGUCCGGUGAAAUUGUUAUAAAGUGCAUCGGAUUUCCUUACAAGAAUUAUUUUGCCGUCUUUAAAUUCGUGUGCUAAUAAUUGCGCCAUCAUGGAUACGGAUUCCAGCGCUGUCAGCUUUAUCGUUGCCGACUUCAUUUCAAAGCAAGAAAUCGACAUCAUCAAUUCAAACUGGUUGGUAGAAAUUGAUGGUCUGCAAUACACAUAUUGGCCGAAUUAUUCAAAAACUGAAUCACGGAAGCUGGAAAAAUCGGUCCGAAAUGGUGAAUCACCAGACGCCAAAACUUGGAAAAUUUAUGAGGUUGAAAUAGUUAAACGAUACGGAAAAUACGAAGAUGCUCGCCUAAAUCUUCCGCGUCUUGCGCAAGAAGGAGGGAUUAGUACUGGCGCAGAACUGGGAAGAGGUCGACGACGUAAGACCGUCAACAGAAAACUUUUUAACGCAGAUUCAAGUGGCGAUGACGAGAAUGAUAGUCCGUUAACGAAGAGCUUGCUACAUGUAAAAACAAAAAAAUCUAAAGUGACCGAGAUAAAUCGUUCAGACUCAUCAAAAUUCCAGAUGCCAACGUUGGUCUUGGUGCAGCCGGAUGAAACUUUGUCAACAACUUCGAGAGACGAGCCUAGUAACACUAAUUCCUCUCCAUUACCCAGCGGAAGCGGUGGAAUAGGAUUUAGUCAAUUUCACCAGCGAGAAGAGUGUUUGUCCGAGAGUGAGCAAAAUUUUUGUCAAACCCCAAGAACGGAAGUUACGACGCCGAUGACAUUUUCAGGACGAGGCCCGACGAGUUCUUUGUCCCAGGAACGAAGCCAGGAUAUUGGUCAAGGGUCAUUUAAUGGAACAAUUGUACCUACAAGAACUGAUGAUAUUAUAAUUCGUAAGCUGGAUUAUAUUCAAGCCAGCAUUAACGAGCUUCGCGAAACUUUCCAUCUGGCUUUGCGCAAUCAAAAUAGGACAAUUAUCGAAGACCUUGAUGGCGACGAAAAGGUUAUUCCAUUAAACAACUUGCCGGAGUAUGACGAACUGGAAAGAAAAAUAGCUGAUCCUAAAAUUCGACAAGCUUUGAUAAUGAGUUUGUCAGGUUCAGGCAGCACAGGCACAGAUGCUAUUUACCGUGUGCUUACGUUUUUGAUGACGGACGACUUUGCAGCCACACUUAGUUUUGCGGGUCAACGCGGAAAAAAAUCAUUUAAAGAUCGUGAAAAAAUCAAAAGCUGUGUUUAUUGUAAGGCUCAUAAUUUAAACCUUUCGUCCUUGCUUUAUGGUAGCGCAGAAUUUGAUUAUUUCGAGCAUUUUAAACUUUAACUGCGGUCCGGACAAAUCCACUAAUGUCGUCAGCUACGCAUAAAGACAUCGACGAAAGCAUCCAGAAUUGGCUAAAGAAAGCUCCUGCCAGGAUUGAAGCCAAAAAGAAAAAGAUGCAGCCUGGAAUUGCAGAGCACGUUUCGUCAUAAAUCAAUUUCCAGUUGUAUUUUAAUUUGUAGUUACGCUAUGAAUGUAAAUAUAAAUAAAUUGAGUCAAAAAUA